GUGAACGCGGUGGUGCGAACGUUCAGGAGGGGGGAAAUUUUUUUUUAAAAAGCUAAACGUGGAGCCGUCGCCUGGAGAUCGAGAAGGGGAAUCGAUGCAAGAAGAGCAAUAAAAAAAAAAAAAAAAAAAAAAGAACCCACUCGGAGCAAACAGCGUUUAAAAAGCUGCGACUCAACCGAAACCUAAAAUAAAACCUGCUCAUGCACCAUGGUUUUUCAAACUCGGAACCCUUCAUGGAUUAUUUUAUGCUACAUCUGGCUGCUCCGUUUUGCACACACCGGGGAGGCGCAAGCUGUAAAGGAAGUACUGCUGCUGGAUUCUAAAGCACAACAAACAGAGCUGGAAUGGAUCUCCUCUCCACCCAAUGGGUGGGAAGAAAUUAGUGGUUUGGAUGAGAACUACACCCCAAUACGAACAUACCAGGUGUGCCAGGUCAUGGAGCCCAACCAAAACAACUGGCUGCGGACUAACUGGAUUUCGAAAGGCAACGCACAAAGGAUUUUUGUAGAAUUGAAAUUCACCCUGAGGGAUUGUAACAGUCUUCCUGGAGUAUUGGGAACUUGCAAGGAAACCUUUAAUUUGUACUAUUAUGAGACAGACUACGACACUGGCAGGAAUAUAAGAGAAAACCUCUAUGUAAAAAUAGACACCAUUGCUGCAGAUGAAAGUUUCACCCAAGGUGACCUUGGUGAAAGGAAGAUGAAGCUUAACACUGAGGUGAGAGAGAUUGGACCUUUGUCCAAAAAGGGAUUCUAUCUUGCCUUUCAGGAUGUAGGGGCUUGCAUAGCUUUGGUUUCUGUCAAAGUGUACUACAAGAAGUGCUGGUCCAUUAUUGAGAACUUAGCUGUCUUUCCAGAUACAGUGACUGGUUCAGAAUUUUCCUCUUUAGUUGAGGUUCGAGGGACAUGUGUCAGCAGUGCAGAGGAAGAGGCGGAAAACUCCCCCAGGAUGCACUGCAGUGCAGAAGGAGAGUGGUUAGUGCCCAUUGGAAAAUGUAUCUGCAAAGCAGGCUACCAGCAGAAGGGGGACACGUGUGAACGUAAGUAAUAUGCACUAU